GCGGAUUUACACGCUAGAAACCGGGUCACAAUACCCAUGGUGGGCAGAGCACUAAUUGUCUUUUGUGUAGCUUUGUGCUUAACUAACUACAAACAAAAAUUCAUGUUGCAUUGUAUCAGUUAAGUGCAACUGCUAUCUGCACUUGAGUUUCCCCAAUUUUAUUAUUUUUUAAAUAAUUUCAAAUCCUUUGCAAGUUGGCACUCUCAAUACUUUUUCCUUUAUUUGACUGGUUGAGUGGUAUGGGUGCCUGUUAAAUGAUUAUUUUAAGGCAGCAGUAGUGAAAGAAUAAGUUAAGACUGUACCUUGCCAAAAAUGCUGCUUUUAUAUGAAGCCAUACAAAAUCCAGUUGGCCAACAUUAUCUUGAAAAAUACCAGAAGAUAACUCCCAAUGAGCUCAAGUUCAUAGUGGACAGUAUGAGGUCUAAUCCCACGGUGUUCCAAGAGAAUGGUAUCCGUAUUGGUGGAGAAAAAUACAUUUGUUUGAAUGCAGAAAACACCCUGCUUCGGGGCAGAAAGGGAAGCUCAGCACUUUGUGUGGUAGCCACAGAACAAUGUUUAAUUGCAGCAGCUACAAUUGAUGGAGUUCCAGCUGGUAAUCUCAACAUGGUUGUUGAAAAGUUAGGGGACCACUUGAGAGCAUCUGGCUACUGAGUGUUUCCAUGUUCCUAAAACACAAAAUCUUCCAUUUCCCACCAAGGUUUCCAGCACAAACUGUCUGUUUAUUCAGUGACAACUGUGUUUCAUAACAGCAGCCGUUCUUUUUCUGACCUCUUCAGUACCUACACUGGAUUGAGUUCUGGACAUGGGAUGUGUGCUAGUCAUGAUACCAGAGAUUUUUAGAGGAAAUGGAAGGAAAAAAGUGUUUAUUCAUGCUCUAGGAUGUCCUUGUCGUCCUCAGAUAUCUUGUAUGUCUUGCAUCAUGCUUCAGGAAUUGAGCUUUGAUAAACAUAUCUCUCAGCUUAAGUAACCAGUUUUCUAAUAAAUAGGGCUCUUCAAUAGAUUAACAGUCCACUGCCAUGAAAAUAUUUAUGUGAAUCUUUUAAUCUGUAAUAUUUCUUAAUGUCCAUUUUACCAAGUUUGUAUCUCUGCUUUUUUAAUCAUUGCUGGUGAAUUUUAUAUUUUGUUAGAAUUAUCUGAAUUACCUUUGCCAUUAAGUGCUGCAUAAUUAUAGUGUGUGUCAAAAAAAAUUAGUUCAUAACAUAAGCAGCUUCAGUCUGUAUGUUCUUUAGAAUGCAUAAUAUAUUCCUUGUGCCAAGGGCUAUUAUCAUCUGUACUAGAAUACCUUGUACAGUUUUUGGUAUUAAGCUUUCUGGGUAUCAUAAUAUAAUAAAUCUUCAUUCCAGUGAAAGAUCCA